AUGGCGGCCGCGCUCGUCUCCACCUGUCUCUCGCCCCGCUUCAUCGCCCUGUCCUCCCCGAAGCCGGCUGCGCCCGCGGCCUCAGCCUUCCUCCCCUUCAGGCCGCCGCUGCGCACUGUGUCGGCGCCGGGGAGGCGGGUCUUCGAGCCCGUGGCCGUCGCGGUGUCGUCGGAGUACGAGACCGAGGGAGCGGAGCAGGAGGAGGAGGGAGCCGAGGAGUUCUCCGAGGACCUCAAGCUGUUCGUCGGCAACCUGCCGUUCAGCGUCGACAGCGCGCAGCUCGCCGGGCUCUUCGAGCAGGCCGGCUCCGUCGAGAUGGUUGAGGUUGUGUAUGAUAGAAUGACUGGACGGAGCCGUGGAUUUGGAUUCGUGACAAUGUCUUCAGCUGAAGAAGCCGGAGCUGCUGUCGAGCAAUUCAACGGUUAUACAUUUCAAGGAAGACCACUGAAGGUGAACUGUGGACCGCCACCACCUAGAGAUGAAUCCACUCCAAGAGUGCCAAGGGGUGGUGGUGGCGGUGGUGGUAGCUUUGUUGAUUCAGCGAACAAGGUCUACGUGGGGAACCUUGCAUGGGGCGUUGACAACUCGACUCUGGAGAACCUAUUCAGUGAGCAAGGGCAAGUGCUUGAUGCUAAGGUCAUCUAUGACAGGGAGAGCGGCAGGUCAAGGGGGUUUGGUUUCGUCACCUAUGGCACAGCCGCGGAGGUCAACAAUGCCAUAUCAAACCUUGAUGGCAUCGACUUGGAUGGUAGACAGAUCCGAGUCACGGUUGCAGAAUCAAAGCCGAGGCGUCAAUUUUGA